AUGAGAAAGGCAUUCACACGUGAUACAACGCGGCGUGGAGAUCGACGGACGAGAUUGACGAGAUGGCCUCCACCAUUCGGUGGGCAUGAAGGCGACGAGGUCGUGCUGGCAGGAAUCUUGGCAGCGCCUGGAGCCCAGGUCCAUGUCGUGAUAGCCCAGGCCACACGAUUACCUCGCGGCUGUCACCCUCCCGCGCGCCCCGUUCUCCGCAUCGUCGCAGCGCCCCCCCACCGCCUCUUGAAGAUCAUCUCUCCCACGCCCACCAUCACGACGGCCUCGCGACACUCCAGUUGCGGAGAAGCCGCGCCUUCUCCUCAGUCGGUCCUUACUGCUGCUGCCUCGCCACCAGCGCUCUCCUCUGCCGAAGUCACUCGCGCCAUCUUAGCCUCCACCACCACGGCCGACCCGAUCGACUCCCCGUACCCACCGCCUUUCUCCUCGCUAUAUUUUCCACCCAACGACUGCACCGACGCCGCUGGCAAGGCAGUUCGGACAGACUCGCCGGAGCCGCCACCGCAGUGCGAACAGCUUCCUCCUUUCUCCUCGCUUCCCCCACCACGCCCCGGGAGUAGUAGCGCCGCCGCCGCUGAGCGUGUUCUUGCCGAUACAAAGGCUGCACUACCAAGAGACACCAAAGACCGCGAAGGCUCGUCAAGCAAAGACUUCGACGACGGGGAACCACCACCGCCAUAUAGUGAAGGCUCGAGCCCGAUACCCAGUUUCACAUACGUCAUGGCAACUGCAGGUGGCCCAGCGAGUAUCAUCACUCAGGUGCAGCAGGGAGGCGGCGCACCCAUCAACACUCUUGCAACUGGGAGUGCAGACGAGAACAUAUCGCUAGACCUUCGAGGUACACGAUUCACGCUUUCGCGGGAUGAAUUGCUCACGCUGCCUGAGUUUGUUCUUUUGUCUCUCUUUCCCAAUGGCCUUCUUCCCGAUGGUCACAUGAGCUCCUUCCACGACGGAGAUAUAUACCCAGUAGAUUACGACCCACUCUGCCUCCAGUACAUGCUUGAUUUCUUCAGGCACGUUGCGCAGACAAUCCCCACGGGCCCACCAAGCCCCACCGCAGACAGCUCUCAGCAACCUGAGACUGUUCCCAUCGAGCCAAUGCAAGGUUCCAGCACGCGUGAUAUGUUGCAGGACCGCGCAGGAAUCAUUGUUCUUCGAGAAGACUUGGAUUACUACGUUAUCCCUCCUCGCAAGGACAUUGAACAUGCAGAGAUGAUUGAGGUGAAGCGAGCAGCAGGACGUGCGCUGAGACAACAAGACGGCAUCUUUUCUGGUUUGCGAAAGAGUGACGAGCCAGGUACGACGGAGCAGCAUCUCAUUGAGAUGUUAACAGCAGGAGGCUUCAAUCAUGAUGACCGAUGGGGCCACCGUGCGAACGAACCUAACAAGGCCGUCAUUUGCAGCGUUGCACUUGCGCGCCUGAGGACCGACAUUCGCGGCAACGACCUCUCGAGCAACGCCGUCGGCAUGGCCCAGAAGCUCUUGCUCUUCUGGAGGAAGCCUGCGAGAAGAUGUUGGUGGGAAGGGGUGGAGCUUGAAAACGUCGAGGGAGUGGAGGGUAAGCUGAAAGUUUGGAUCAGACGCGUUUGGACACUCGAGAUGAGUGUCAUCGGCCUCCGUUGA